GUCUGUUUUUUGUUACAUAGUUGAUCUUACUUCAGAGAUACACGCACAUGGCUUUUUGACACAAGGAACCUGAUUUGCAAUUCACCUUGAAACUUUUUUUUUCUUGACAGAUAUUACUUAUAUAUUAAGGAAUAUACCUAAAUUGCAUAUAUAUUCAUCUUUACUCGUAUUAUGUUUUUCUGAUCGCUACUUAUGUCCAAAUUGAUGCUAACUUCUUGUAGCUAACAAUGUUUGCAGAGCUCAACAGCAUCCUGAACACUUUCCCGGAUAAGUUCUCGCAGGAAGAGUUCAUUAUAAUCUCCGAAAGAAGAUGUGACGCCUCGUUUCUCAUCCACCACUUUCUCUCAUUUUAUCUUCGAGCUCGCUGUAAAGUGUGUUUUCUAGGGCUGGUGCAGUCCUUCAGUCAUUACAAUGCAGUCAGCCAGAGACUGGGGGUAAACUUGGUCCAAGCCAAGGAGAAAGGGCAGCUGGUGUUUCUGGAGGGUCUGCAAGAGUCUUUGUCACAUCUGGUUCCACAAGAAGGCCAAGCAGGGAGCGAGGCACUCAACUUUCUUGGAGAUCCCACAAAAGGCCUACAGGAUCUGUUCCAGUUUGUGCGUUCCAGUUGCAGUGGUCCCUCGGGUGCCCUCGGGUGCACUGACAGGAGUGGGGGGCCCGAGGAGUGGGGCCCACCGGUGCUCCUGGUGGAUGACCUCGGUGUCCUGCUCAGCCUGGGUGUGAGUGUGGGGACCGUCCUGGACUUCAGCCACUACUGCAGAGCCACAGUCUGCUCCAGGCUACAGGGAAAUGUGGUGAUGUUGCUGCAUUGUGAUGAAGAGGAGGAUGACGGAGAUGAUGAAGGUGCAGAACAGCUCUUGAAAGGCCUAACUCACCAGUGCUCACUCACCCUUCAUGUUCAGGGUCUCCCCACGGGCUACUGCAGGGACAUACAUGGACAGAUGGAGGUAUGUUGGAGAAGGCAACAGGCUGAUGAGCAGCACACACUCAACAAACUGUUUCAGUACAAAGUCCAUGACAAAGGAGCCUCCUUUUUUGCUCGGGGAACAUCAAGUGCAUUUCUGUAACAACCACAAGAAACUGUCUCAUUUUGAACUGAAGCCCCAACACACAACUAUGGAAUAAUAUCAUGUGGAAUAUAAGGCCAACGAAAGAGCUUAGUUACAGUUAAAAUGUAAAAAAAAAUUAUGGCAAGUUUAUGCCUCAGUAUUGCCUUUUUUUUUUUUUUUAAUAAAUGUCCUUUUGUUACAUGUAUGUUUUUUAUGCUCUUGUAAUAAGCUUUUUUUCGAACUCAAAUCAGUUAGUGCUCACGAUACAUUUAUAAGUAAAUAGUUUAAUUCUACAUUCAUCUAUUGAUUAUGUACAAUAACUAAAUAGUCAAAGCUAACACCAGUUUGUGCCAGUGCUUCUACAGGUCAUUUGCCUAAAUGCACUCUGCUGUUGUGUCGUUGACGUUGGGCAAGACUAUAUCCACAUUGCCACAGGAAGCACAUCUUUUUCAAAACCAGACAGUCAAAUCCCUUUGGUUUUCUGUGGUAUUCCAACGUGAGUAAAGUAUAGGACACAUGCAUACAGUGACUGUUCUGCAAAAGUGGAAACACUGAUGAACAUCGGCCCAUGGUCAAACUCUGUUUAUAUUCUAUGUAGCCUAUGUUGCUGUUCACUGUCACCUAAAUGAACAGUAAUUUAAGAAGUUGGAAGAACAAAACAGCUAAUUUUUGCAUAAAUAUGAAACCAAAAUGACAAUCACUAAUGUGUGGUAAAGUGCUUUUCAAAUGCCCACACUGCAAAGAAGUAAUAAGUUAUGAUAACGUGAACAACAUAAUAUCUUGAUUGAGUAGAUAAGUAUCAAUAAGUACAGUCAGUGGAAUAAGAUAUGUUUAUUAAUCAUUUCACCCCCUAAAUUCGGUGAAGAGCAACAAAAUGUCUUCUUAUUUUAAGCACAAAAAAGUUGUUCCAGUGGUAGAUAAUUUUACUUGUUUAGUUCAUUGCCUGUCAAACCUUCUCAAAUAUAGGCCUAUAUAAUAUUGAUUCCAGUAUUUAAAGGUUGACUUUUCUGGUCGCCACUUGCUUGUAUCCAUGGAGUUGGACCUAUUGAGCAUAUGAACAUAUUGAGGGGCAAUAAGUUUUAUGCAGUUGAAGUUGUUUUCCUAAGGAGUUUGGCUUUUGUUUGAAAUGGGUGUAUGUGGUACGCCACCUGCAGGACCUUCUGCACGCGCUCAUCUGCGAUCCCCUCUAAUGAUCACUGUAAAAUGACCAUACUCAAAUAAAUUGUGCAUAUUUCCCACGCGCUUGUGACUAAAUGCUCACAGUUC